CAGUUAUGAAUAAGAGUUUGCCUCUAGCUGCUCGCUCAGAUGAUUGUUUAAUUUUAAGCGGAUCUUCUUUUAUAAAACGGCUGUGAACGGAGGCACUUCAACGCCUAGAACGAGAAUUAUUUUUUUAUUAUUCAAUUGUUAUAAAAGCCCAAAUAAAAAAAUAGUAUUGAAAAUAAAAAUAUGUAUAAAUACAAAUAGCGGAAAUUGUAUUUGGUUUGAAGCAGCGAAGCAAAAAAAAUUAUAUUAAUAAAUUUGAUGUGGUUGACACAGCUAAAAAUAGCCAGCAGAUUCAAAUUUAAAAAUACAUUUUUAAGCCAAAUAAAUUAAUUAAAUCACGUUGAACGUGUAAUGGAAAACCGGUAAAAACCAAUUUAAAAGAUUACAGAUUACAAAUCAAACAACUCUCUCAAACAUAUCUUUUGUAUAUGUACAAAAGUAUUCAUUCGUAUGGUGUAAAAUGUUUGAGUGCAAAAAAAAAUUGUUAAAAAUAAUAAAAUAAAAAGAAAAACACCUUUGGCUAAGUUUAGUCAGGCGCCAGUCUAAAAAUAGACUGACUCGAUCGGUCUCCAGCCAACAUUCAGCGAACCCAACAACCAACCAACCACUUUAUUAUCGUAAUCUCUGUCAAACAAACAAACAUCCAAACAAAAUAAAUAAAUACUCGAUCGUAAACAAGCAAACAAACAAACACUCUAAAAAUAAAACCAGCUGAUUUUGUUGCCGUGAAAAAUGUGUUUUCAUUUCUAUAUUUUUAUUUACAACAUUUGACAACAACAAGCUGAUAAAGUAAUAACCAACAACAACAGCUCCAGCGACCGACUUAUGUUAUCUGCAUAUUACAUACGUUAUUCAGCCAUCCCAUCCAUCAUACACAUUUCCAACCACUGAAUGACUGACUGGGUGACUGACUAAAUGAAUACAUGCAUGCAUGCAGUGUUUGUUUAAGGAAAAACUAUAAAUAACAUGAAUGUUUGUUGUUGCACAGGCGUAAUAAUACCAACAAUAACAACAACAUUACUAAGUAAAGCCAACAACCACAACGACAUCAAGUGUAAACACAGUGUAAAUAGUGAACAAACAAAAAGUAUAGCUGAAGAAAAUCCCCCAAGCUGCAAAAACAAGUUGAAUGUUUGACUCCAACGGUGACAACAAACAUUGGAAAAUCACACCGAACAACAACAACAACAACUAUAAUAACAAAAGGCGCGUCGUCAGACUUCUUACCAUCGCGCACCACACAAAUACCAACACACAAAGGUUUCAACGUUCAUUGCAAACGAACUUAAUGUCCAGAGCAAUGCAGAGCUCGAUACGAAACAGUGUAGCGCUCGCACCCUGCACGCAGUCUUCUGCCACUUUAAAAACAACGAAAACAAAUUCCAUUAAAUCGGUUUAAAUCGCCUGAAAUUCUAUUCUCCAUCCAACACCUAAAUCGUAAAUCGAAUCAGAUUUAUAUUGAACAAAGUUCUCUCGAAUCAGAUUACAUAUUCUGUAAAUAAACUAAAAAGAAGAAUAAAAGCAGAUGGAUGUUAUUACUGUCCUUUCUUGAAAAAGACAACGACUAAAAUCAAAACGCAAAAUUGUGAUUUAAAAAAGCCUGUGUGUGAUAGACAAAUAAUAAAUUUUUUUUCACUUAUUUCCCAAAUAAAACGUCAUAAAAAUAUAUUGUUUGUCCUUUUUGUAUCAAAAAAAAUUUAUAAAAAAAAAAUCCGCUGAAAAUUAAAAGUUCCUUAUUCAAGUGAUUACAACAACAACAAAAAUAUAUACAUAUAAAUAUUUAGAAAAUUUUAACCAAAAAAAAAACAAACGAAAUAUUUUACAUCGCACAUUAAUCGAAGCCUUUUAAACUCCUGCACCAGGCAAGGAAAAGGGAUUUUAUAUAUAAAGCUCUCGCUGUAUGUAUGAUGAACAGCAGUCGCAUCUCAUCAGUUUGCAGGAUUGUUCAGUUAGAAAACCACAAAAAAAAUGUUUUCCCCAAAAUAUAUAAUCUCAACUCAACGUCGUAUCUUAAGUUUAACAACAAUUACUUUAGUCAUUUGCUUAAUUGUGAUAAUUUACAUGCCCACACCUGCCCAAACACAUCCCAUGUCACCACAAGAUGGUCAUGUGCCCAAUAGACGUUACUGUAGCACAGCAUUAUUUGAGGCCAUACGAGUCAUAUGCGAGGGUCGUACCAAUUCACUAUCAAGUCGAUAUCCUGAUAGUUUUGGCAAUCGUAAGUCGAGUCUUCUAAGACGUCUGCUGCCAGAUGACGAUGUCAUAUUUCGUCCUUCGUUUGGUGGUGCUGUACACGAGUGCUGUCGUCGUCCAUGCGGUUAUUCUGAAUUGCAUGCAUAUUGUGAAGAUUAAUAAAGAAUUAAUACACAAGAGUACUUUGUUCAUUGUCAUUCAUUAUUGUCAUUUUCGAUCGUCAUCAUUAAUUACUAUUUUAUUGUUUUAUCAUUUGCAAUUAAUAUAAAUAAUUUUAUUUUAUUAACACAUAACUACACAUACAUGUUUGUUCGUUUGAUCAUUCAUUUUAGGCUGUUUAGACUUAUUUGUUUAAGAUUUUUUUGUUAUUAUUAUUAAUUUUAUUUUAUUAUUUUUUAUUCUUUUUUUUUUGUUUUAAUAAUUUAGAUUGUCUUUUUCUAUUCUUAUCUACAUAUUAUAUUUCUCAUAAUUCUAACAAGCUGUGUGUAUAUUUUUUAUUUUCGUUUUAGCAAAAUGUUGUUAGCAAAUUUUUAUUUUAAUAAAAAAUUUAAAAAAGAAA